AUGGCUCACUGGAGGGAAGAGUACGCGGCGGCGUUGGCAGCUCGUGAUCGGCGUGAGAAGGCCAACGUCGCUAUCUACAAUGCUUAUAGCCAGCUCGCCGAUAGAACGGCGUCUUCAAUGAUAGCAGUUUCGGAUCUCCAGAGCGACGCUCAGCGAUCGGCACUUUCUACUCCAGUCGCCGAUCCUAGACAGCAGCAGCCGUCUCCGGCAUCAGGGCCCUCUCCGCAGGACAUAAUACUCGCAAUUCGGGCAGAUUUAGCCGAAGCGCAACGAUCUCGCUCGGAACUCGAAGAACAGCUAGCACGCGUAACAACAGAAUUGGAGAAGUUGCGAAGGAGGAACAUCCAAAACGGCAAGCGGAUCAGUUCGAUGGAAAGUGAAAUCACACACCUGCAGCUUAGACUGAAGGAUAGGGAUGAAGAAUUAAGAGAGAAAGCGAAAUUGUUGGAGGGUUUCCAAGACGAGAUCGCAACUUUUGAGCUCCAGCUCAAUAUGGCUGAGGAGCGGUCGAACCGGCUACAGAAGGAGAAUCAGGAACUGAUUGAUCGUUGGAUGGCCCGGAUGGGAAAGGAGGCAGAUGCCAUGAAUGAUGCUUACCAAUUCUCAUGA